AUGAACCAAAAGUGCUCAAAUUUUAUAAUCGAGCGGUUUCUUCCAGAUGCCACUACAUUGGCUGCAUCAUCUGCUCCACAGCUAAAUGUUUCCCAUAUCAGUUCGAGCAAUGAGCUUUCUUAUCCAUGGAAUUAUCCAGAGCCAGAGGCUUGUGUUUCAAGAAGAGUCUGCAGGCAAUCGUACUCUUCGCCUAAGGGUUGUGGCUUGCAUGUUUUCUUCCCUUGGAGCAUGAAGCACAAGCUCUGUGGAGUUAAGAGCCCUAUAAAUUAA